AGGCGAGAGGUGGGGCUUAACGACGCUCGCCGUGGUUCUGUUAAAACCUAUUGCCGACCAUUAAAAGAAUCGGGAGUAGGAGUCUUGGACAAUUCUCGAGUAAAGGAGCCAGCGGUAUAAGGCAACUGGGGGCAUAAGUGAGGGGAGGGGGCGCGCAGCCACUACAAACAGCGACGGGCCAAUUAGCUUGAUGUUAGCCCUGCAUGGAUCCUACGCCGCCUGGCUCCGGGGCUAGCGGCUGCGCUGGCUAAAUCGGAGCGUAUCUGGCCGUGUGAAAAAGCCUCUGGUUUCCCCCCCCAGGCACGUUUGAUCGCGUCUUUUUGAAAACGUUGCAUGUCGCUCCCGUCAUGAGUCCGGCCGGCUGCGCCCACGUGAGCGGCUUUAAGGUGGAGAACUGGAAGCAGAACCUGCGGGUCAUAUACCAGUGCUUUGUGUGGAGCGGGACUGCCGAAACCAGGAAACGCAAGGCCAAAUCAUGCAUCUGCCACAUGUGUGGCGCUCACCUGAACCGGUUGCACUCCUGCCUGUACUGCGUGUUCUUCGGCUGCUUCACAAAGAAGCACAUCCACGAGCACGCCAAGAGCAAGAGGCACAAUCUGGCUAUAGACCUGCUGUAUGGGGGCAUCUAUUGUUUCAUGUGCCAAGACUACAUAUAUGACAAAGACAUGGAGCAGAUCGCCAAAGAGGAGCAGAGGAAAGCCUGGAAGCUGCAAGGCAUAGGGGAGCGAUACACCACGUGGGAACCAACGAAGCGCGAGCUGGAGCUGCUACGUCACAAUCCCAAACGGAGGAGAAUAACUACAAACUGCACAAUCGGGCUGCGGGGUUUGAUAAACCUGGGCAACACGUGCUUCAUGAACUGCAUCGUACAGGCGCUCACGCACACGCCGCUGCUGCGAGACUUCUUCCUCUCUGACCGGCACAAAUGCGAGAUGAAGCCCAACUCCUGCCUGGUGUGUGAGAUGUCCCAGCUCUUCCAGGAGUUCUACUCGGGCCACCGCUCCCCCCACAUUCCCUUCCGCCUGCUACACCUGGUGUGGACGCACGCGCGCCACCUGGCUGGCUACGAGCAGCAGGACGCCCACGAGUUCCUCAUCGCGGCGCUCGAUGUGCUGCACCGGCAUUGCAAAGGCGACGACAACGGGAAGAAGGCCAACAACCCGAACCACUGCAACUGCAUCAUCGACCAAAUCUUCACAGGCGGCCUGCAGUCCGACGUCACCUGCCAAGUCUGCCAUGGUGUUUCCACGACGAUAGACCCCUUCUGGGACAUCAGUUUGGACCUGCCUGGUUCUUCCACACCUUUCUGGCCCCUGAGCCCUGGCAGCGACAGUGGUGUGGUCAACGGGGAGAACCAGGUCUCAGGGGCAACCACUCUUACAGACUGUCUGCGAAGGUUCACUCGACCUGAGCACCUGGGGAGCAGUGCCAAAAUCAAGUGCAGCGGUUGCCAUAGUUACCAGGAGUCCACCAAACAGCUGACGAUGAAGAAGCUGCCCAUUGUGGCGUGUUUCCACCUCAAACGGUUCGAGCACUCUGCCAAGCUGCGGAGGAAGAUCACCACCUACGUGUCCUUCCCCCUGGAGCUGGACAUGACGCCCUUCAUGGCCUCCAGUAAGGAAAGUAGGAUGAACGGACAGUACCAACAGCCAGUGGACACAUUGAACAAUGACAACAAGUAUUCCCUGUUUGCGGUAGUGAAUCACCAGGGUACCUUGGAGAGCGGCCACUACACCACCUUCAUCCGGCAGCACAAGGACCAGUGGUUCAAAUGUGACGAUGCUAUCAUCACCAAGGCCAGCAUCAAGGAUGUGCUGGACAGCGAAGGGUACCUGCUGUUUUACCAUAAACAGUUCCUGGAGUACGAGUAGCCUGUCGGACGGAGUGGGGGCCUUCUGGUGACGGUCGACACAUGAGCUACAGCUGCGCCGGGGAGGAAAGAAAACGUGAACUUUAAAAAAAAAAACAAAAAAAACGACACACAAGCCUACCUGAAACUCUUAGG